UACUGACCGCGAGGGACUGGGCUAACCGGUAACGAGGGAACACAAAAAUGGCGGUAUUUUGUUGGAGACGGCAAGAUAUCUUCCUAGAAGAGCUCUAAUCGAGGCCAUUUUUCUACUAACAUGAGUGUUAUGAGACAAGUCGGGCUCCUAGCAGCUGGAUGUCAGCCAUGGAACCUAGAUGUCUGCUCAGCAAGCUCAAACGGCGAAAGAUUCGCGUACUGUGCUACCCUAGCGAUCUACGUCUACGAGUUUGAUCACCAGUUCAGUGAAUACAGACUAAUAAGCAUCUUAGCCGACCACAGGAAAACCAUCACAGCUAUUGCCUGGAACCCACACAAUGAAGACAUUCUUGCAAGUGCUGGUGCGGAUUGCCGUGUUCUUAUCUGGAGCAUCAAAGAACAAAAGAUAAUAGCUUCAUUACAAAGUGUCAAAGUUAUACCAUCCUCAAUUGGUUGGUGUCUUCAUGAGUUAGACUCUAUAGCUUAUGUUCAUGGACGUGGCCCAAUUUUUUUAUGGAACUACACUGCACCUGCAGCUGGCCUGGUCUCAAAACAUUUAGAAUCUGUUUCCUUCUUCUCCGACAUCUGUCAGUUCCGCUGGCAUCCCAGGAGAGUUGGAAAAAUUGGCCUUGGUCAUGCUGAUGGCAGUUUAUCUGUUAUUACACCUGGCUCAAAGCCAUUUAAGCAUUGUUUACGGCCUGACGUUUUAGAUGAUCCGGAUACUGAGGAUCCUGUCACUAGUCUAGAAUGGGACCCUCUCUCAACUGAUUACCUGUUGGUAACAAAUGCAUGUUUUGGGGUGAGACUGAUUGAUUCAAGCUGUAUGAGUACCAUCAUGAAUUUUAAGCUUCCGAGUGCGGCUCUGAAGAUUCACACUAUAUCUUGGGUGCCAACAGCUCCAGGCAUGUUUGUUACUGGAGACACCCAAGCUGGGGCUCUGCGAAUUUGGACAGUGGCCAAAAGUACUCCUGUAGCAACUAUCAGGUUAAAAAAGACUGGCUUCCAUGCAUUAGCGGUCAUAGCUACACAGAAUACCAAUAGCAGAACUGACCAAUCACAGGGGGCAAUAUCGUCAACGUCAGAGGCCAUCGCUCCUCCGUCAAUGUCAAACAAGCAGGAUUUCACUCUACCACCUGCACACAUACUAUGCACUUUUUUGGAUGGUGGUGUAGGGCUGUAUGAUCUUGGGAAACGGAGGUGGAGCUUCUUACGAGAGAUGGGCCAUGUUGAGACAAUAUUCGACUGUAAGUUCAAGGCUGAUGAUGCUGAUAUGCUAGCUACUGCAUCGUUUGAUGGAACCGUCAAAGUUUGGGAUGUGGACACCUUGAGUGGUGUUCAUUCAUCCCCAGGUAAUGAAGGUAUCAUUUAUGCAUUGUCUUGGGCACCUGGAGACCUAAAUGCCAUCGCUGGCGCGACUGCUAAAAAUGGUGUCUUUAUAUGGGAUAUUGGCAAGGGGAAGAUCAUUAAGAGAUUUCUAGAGCACGGCAAGAGUAGUGUGUAUAAUGUGAGCUGGAAUCACAAGGACUCACAAAGGAUAGCGUCUGUUGGUGCAGAUGGGAACUGCAUUGUGAGGAGAGUGGAUGGGACCCUUAUCAAGAAGUAUAAGCAUCCUGGUGCUGUCUAUGGGUGUGACUGGAGCCUCAACAACAGAGAUAUGCUUGCAACUGGAUGCGAAGACAGCAACGUCCGUGUGUACUACGUCCCUGCGAACACUGAUCAGCCGCUCAAGGUGUUUCCAGGUCACACAGCCAAGGUCUUUCAUGUCAAAUGGAGUCCACUGAGAGAAGGAUUACUUUGUUCUGGGUCUGAUGACAGGACAAUAAGAGUAUGGGACUAUACUCAGGAUAACUGUAUUCUAGUGCUUGAGGGCCAUAUGGCACCUGUUCGUGGCUUACUGUGGAAUCCUGAGAUUCCAUUUCUGCUAAUUUCUGGGAGUUGGGAUUAUACCAUCCGAGUUUGGGAUAUCAGGGAUGGAACUUGCAUGGAUACUAUAUUAGACCAUGGGGCUGAUGUUUAUGGUCUAACAUGCCACCGUCACCGCCCCUUCACGGUAGCGUCAUGCUCUAGAGACUCCACCCUUCGCAUCUGGUCCCUGAGCCAUCUGUCCAGCCCAUUACUAGUCAGUGUUAUCGCUAAGAGGCCAUGGAAAGAGAUUGCCGGAAGUCUAGAUGAUGCUCUAGUCCGCGGUGCAGCUGUCUUAUUGACUGGGAGGAUGUCACGUGAUCUCCAGUCUGCCAUUGAGAAAGCAGGAGACUCCACAAACGAAACAGCAAUCAAGCUGUUUUCAGAUUACUUCUUGCCGCCAUGUGGAACUCGUAACCUCUGGCAACUUGUGUCUGUGCUGAGUGGUGAAGACGAGAAUCUCUCAACCACAUACGGCAAGGGAAUCAUCCACAGCAAACACUUGGUUAAAUACAAAGCGUCUGAAGCCCAGGAGUUAGAAACAGCCAAGCUAGCGCGGACGGCAUCCAGCCAUUCUGCCCAUGAUGAUCGUUUGACCAAAGCUGCACUGAUCCAUGUCCGAGUGGGUCAGCUACAACGGUACUGUGAGCUCAUGGUACAAGUUGGACAGUGGGAUAAGGCGUUGGCUGUUGCUCCUGGUGUGUCAAUGGAAUACUGGAAGACACUGAUUCAGAGACGUGCUGAACAGCUUGUACGAGAAGAUGAUGACGCAGCUGUCCCAUACUGUGUGGCCACAGGGGAUGCCGACAAGUUGGUGUCAUUCUUCACAUCCCGUGGUCAGCUUCACGAUGCAUUCCUUGUGGCCCAGGUGGCCUGUGAGGGUGGCUACCCCCAGCUAGAGGAUAAAAACGCCAACAAAGUUCCUGACCUUCGCCGCAAUGACCACCUGCCGAGACUAAAAAACCCCAUGAACCCUGAGAAUGUCACACUGUUGCAGGGCAGCAGCACUACUCUUGCUGAAUGGUACUUCAGCCGCGGACUUCCUGUGCAAUCUGCUUCCUGUCACCUAGCCGUCGGCAACACAGCGCUCGCCAUGUCCAAGCUGGUUCGCGGUAAUGAGCUAGAGUUAGCUGUCAGUAUGGCCCUGGUGAUGAAGCACACUACCGGACCCAUGGCGCACCGCGCAGUGGAACUGUUAGCAAGGAAGUGUGAGAAACACAACAGGUGGGAGGCAGCUGUAGCAUUACUUCGCCUGUUUCCAAACACCGAAGACGAUGUAAUUAAGGUGGUGGCCAAGUUUCAGGGGACUGUUAUUGAGAUCAACGAACUUCAUGAAAAGGCAGGUCUUCCUGGCAUGGAUGACUGCCUACAGAAGGCAGAAGAGCUGUGUGAGCAGGAGAAGUUCAUUGAAGCCAUGAAAUACUACCUACUCUCUAGUUCACCUGAACUGACCCUUGACGUGGGCCUCAACCUUGCGCGCGCCGCCAUGGGCAAGCAGUACUGGGUUUUGGACGAUGUCCUCCAUAUUGUGGAAUGGAUGGCUUGUGUGCGUACGGACAGGUUACAACAGAGCAGGAUAGCCAAGCAGCGCCAGGAACUAGUAGCGCUUAGUGCAUAUGUGGGUGCCGUACUGGCCAUGAGGAGGCACUACACGCCAAUUGUCUACCCUCUUCUCAAGCUAGCACGUCAGGUCAUCCACCGGGACAAGGUAGAGCUCGGUGUACCCUCUCUGCAGAUACAGGCGGAGACGGAGGCGUGGCUAGCAUUCAACAACCCUGACAGUAUUCCGGCUAAACACACUCCAGAGCAAAAGACCGUAUGGGAUCGGUUCAGCAAGCGGAUCGGCACUGAAAGUGGUAUUGACUUGGAGAAAGGCCUUGACAUUGUGACUGGUUCCCUGUUGCCAAGUCAUUCGGACGUUCACCAGUGUUACUUUACCGACGAGCGAAUCAAAGGUGCUUUAUAUUCCUUGGAAGACGGUAAAUCAGCGAUAUCGCUAAACCACGCGAUGAUGUGGGCAAAGGUGAAUGCCUUUUCACCCCUCGGAACAGGGGCACGUAUGAACCCAUUUUGAUGGGAUGCCACGCCCUUUUAGACACAACCAGCUAGCGCAGAGAAGCACAUGUGCACAGAUAUUAGCGGGCCUAUCCUGUGUACAAGGGGGCCUUCUGGUGGGUGCCAAGUCCUUACAGACGUACUAUCAAGCACAAGGCAGCACAAAUGUGCUCAGAUAAAAGUUAAUUAAUCCUGUAAACAAGGAGGUUACAAAUCCUAGUAGACAACCCCCUUUGUGUCUAAACCGAAGGAAACAAUUCUUACUUUAGGAAACACAUUCUAACUGAAGGAUACACAUUCUAACUCUUGGUUACACAUUCUAACUGAAGGAAACGCAUUCUUGCUCUUGGAUACACAAUCUUACCGAAGGAUACACAUUCUAACUGAAGGAAUAACAUUCUAACUCUUGGAUACACAUUCUAACUGAAGGAAACACAUUCUUACUCUUGGAUACACAUUCUAACUGAAGGAUACACAUUCUAACUCUUGGAUACACAUUCUAACUGAAGGAAACAUUCUAACUCUUGGAUACACAUUCUAACUGAAGGAAACACAUUCUUACUCUUGGAUACACAUUCUAACUGAAGGCAACACAUUCUGAAGGAUACACAUUCUAACUGAAGGAAUAACAUUCCAACUCUUGGAUACACAUUCUAACUGAAGGAAACACAUUCUUACUCUUGGAUACACAUUCUAACUGAAGGAUACACAUUUUAACUGAAGGAAACACAUUCUGAAGGAUACACAUUCUAACUGAAGGAUACACAUUCUAACUGAAGGAUACACAUUCUAACUGAAGGAAACACAUUCUAACUAUAGGAUACACAUUUUAACUGAAGGAUGCACAUUCAUUGGGAAGGAUACACAUUGUAACUGAUUCUUUUGAUAUAUUAGGGAGCACAUGUUUCCUGUUAUUUCGUCAAAAUCUCACUAAAUAUUGUGCCUGUGUGUUAAUUACAAAAAUUAUCCUAUGUGGGGGAAGCUUUUUGCCGCAGGACAAUGGGAUAUGCCUAGUUCUUGCAGGGAUGAUCACCGACGCAUCCGUGAUAUCAGCAUGUUCGUAGACCCAUCGGUCUUUGCGGGCAUUCCUGGCUCACACAUUCUUUUGUGUCUUUGCAAGGUAGAUAAGGUAAUUAGACAAAAUCCCAAGUUUUCAAUACGAGUGUAAAUAUAACCGUAAUAAAAUGUAUUUCACACAA